AUGGGGCUCAGCUUCCUGGGUCUGUCGGCGGUUGGCUGGCAUGAUAUGACUGAUUCCUGGUGGGAUCAGCUCAUUGCCGCCUUCCUUCUUGCCACCUUUGUCCUCGGAUCUGGUUAUAUUAUUUUCAAUGUUAUCCGGUAUUUCAUGAGGCGGCCAUCCGGCGGGCGGAUGACCGCAGUUUCUCGACCGGUUGCUCGAUACCUUCAGCGGAUGCGAAAGGACUAUCCCACAAAAUCAGCUUCUUUGGCAAAGUCCGCUGAAGAGGAGGAACUCAAGACAUUUGGUGUAUUUUUGGGCGGAUUCACCUCGCCGCCUACGCUAGCACAACAGAAGAUCUUGUCAAAAUGGCAGGUUCUCGUUGUAGACCCAUCGCAACCUGGUGUUGUUGACACUUUGUCGUCAUACCCUUCAACUGCCAAGGAGAUUUUGGCUCGCGUGGACGUAUCGGCUGUUGUCGCAACAGAUGCGAGUAUUAGCAGCGAGACCGUUAUCCGAAAUCUGGAGACGGUCAUCCAGACCUUGCGAAAUGCCGCUACCGGUCCUUUUACCGGAAUUCUUCUGGCAAACUUCCGCAAGCACUUCCACCCCGCUGUCGUUUCCGAGUUGGCUCGAUUCGUCAGCACAUUGAACUCGGAGCUCUGGCUUGAGCUUUCUUACCCCGAGUAUCUCUCCGAGGAGGAGGCUACCGCGACUGAUAUGAACUUUAUCCGUGGUGUCAUUUACCGAAACGGAACCAUGCGACCCGAUGGCGACCGACAGAACUUUUUCCAGAUGAACGAAAUGAGAACUUGCAUGCGUGCGGUCGCGGCUCAGCGCGCCGCCCAUGGACUCCUCCUCAUCAUGUGGGAGACUGUUGAGGACGAGGCCGAGAUUCAGUACGCUGUUGCCACGAGAACUUACAAUUGGUGUGUUUUCAACAGUGCACUCUGCUGGGUUGGCCACAAUGACUCAAUGUUCAACGCCGACAUCGCGGCAGCUCGCUCUCUCGAGGCAAAGCCUCUCGGCGCCUUGAUGUGGCUGAAGAACGAGGAAAACAUGAAGGCUCACGACACAUGGCGAGUCAAUGAUACCAUUGCCCACACUUCUCAAAAUCACGAAGAGCUCUACGAAAGCCUCCGUGAUUUCAUCCCAGAUAUUUCUGCAAGAUUACAACUGUCAGCCCCGAACAAGCUGAGGCCUGCAAGUCUCGAGAGUACAGUUUCCCGACGUAAUGCGCCGGCAUCGGUACUUGACGUGAAGACUGCUCGUCUGGCAGUUUUCAAGGACGAGGCUGGAACCGGCCUUGGUUGCUUCCAAUUGGGCCACGAGGCCAACUUUGCCGACUUUGAUGAGCUUCGUCGUGGCCAGGCCAAGCUCAAGGAGUUGGAUCUCCUUGCAAAGGUUGAGGGCUCCGAGUUGGAAAUGGCCCUCGCAGAAAUUCAAGGUCUCCACGGAAGCGAACGCCUCUCCCCCACUGCCUCGCAGGCUGUCACCGCGUUGAUUGAGUUGUUGAGCGCAUCCAUUGCCCAGCCCGAGAACCCACGCAUUCAGGUCUUUUCCGGUCUUCACUCUGGCUUCCAGACUGACGCCGGUACGCAACACUGGGGUCUGUACGACGUAGAACCAGAGUCAGACCGCGUUGUCCUGUAUCUUUCCAACAAGGCCAAGGACCGCGCUGCCACAAUUCUCCACACCUUCCUGUCCAGCCGCCAAUGCUCGCGGAUCGAGUGCUUCAUGGCUGAGCAGUCCAUGGCUGACCGAAAUGGCAAACUAUCUCCUACCUGGAAACUGCCCGAACGCAUCAUAUCUGAUCUCCAGCAGCUCUCUCCUGCCGAGACUGUCCAGCUGCUCAUGCGUAUGCAAUCCGACAAGGCCAAGUCCAAGUUCUUUGCCUCAAUUUGCGACUGCAUGGAGUACCAGCUAUUGGAUACUCCCAUGCUCGCCCAGCAGCGUGCUCUCAACUCUGUUGCUUAUCUGAACGGCGAUGUCUCGAUUGAGGACAUGGUUACCUCUCGUGUCAACUGGCUCGCUGAGAAGGGAUGCCACGUUCCUGACACUGCUGAAGCGAUUCGCCUGUUUCAGGAUGUUGAUACCCGCCUGUACUCUGUUCUCAUCGAAGUUGAAAGCGAUAUCUACUCGCGUCUGAGCAAUGUCAUGCAGCGCCUAUUCCACGCUGAUGUAAUCGACGCUGGAGCCGAUAUUCUAGCGCUUGCCGUCUUCUCCGCCUUUCGCAAGCUGGCCCUGGACGAGGUCUAUCUCGAGGUUAUGGAUCGAAACGUCUACCCCAACCACGCAUCUGACCAGGCUGCCUGUUUCGCCGAGAACUUUGCUCUUGGAUCGCGCUGCGACUCCUUCUUUGACAUGACGCCUAGAGCUAUCGGAAAGAUCAUUGCCGAACGGUACCGAUCCUACUACUCCAAGUACCAACCCCCCAGGCGAGACGAUGUCUUCACUGAGCUUCCCACUGCAUACGCUGCCAUGCAAGCUGAUAUCGACCCCGAGGGUGGCGAGGAAAAGGUCUCCUUUACAUACCGCGUCACCUUUUUCGGUAUCUUUGCUGUGCCUGCUCUCAUCGACGUUUUGCUCCUGACUACCAUUGGUCGUGGACUGUAUCUGACGACCUUUAUGACUUCGGAAGAGAAGACAAUGGCGACCAGAGCGCUCAUGUUUGCUCUCCUGCUCAGCGGUGCGUUUGGUCAAUGGAUCUGCUCUGGUGGUAGCUACUACUUCUACGCCAAUGGCUUCCCCGCCAUGAACUUGUUCAUCCUGACCCGCUUCGCUGCUGGUGUCGCCGUCUGCAUUCUGGGUGCCAUCAUUGGUUUCAUCAUUGUCAUCUCGUCUCAGACCACCACCGCGGCACUCAUCUUCCUGUUCUACUUCAUCAUGCUUUCCCUGUACAUGUUGGCCUUGAACGCUCUGUCCAUCUACCAGAUGCCAGGCUCCGAGUUCUUGUCGGGACGAACAACCAUUAUUACAUGCAUUCCCAUCUUGUUCAUCUCCCCCAUUGUCAGUAUGGCGGUCGACAACGACAUUACAGUCUACCUGCCUGUUCUCAGCGGCUUCUUGUUGAUCCUUCUCUGGAGAGCCAGAGAAGUCAUCUCUCAGUGGAGCUCCUGGUACCUCAAGAUUCCUUUCGUCAAGGACUCCGAAGUCAUUAGCUGGUACCGAGAGCAUCUCGGCUCGGAGGCACACAAGCUUGACGGCCUUGGCGACAACCAGGUCAUGCCAAUGGCUCGUACUGCCAUUCACGGUGUAGUCCUGAAGGAGGUCAACAAGUGGUUCUUUACAAAGUCCACCAAGGACCCUCUCAUCAAGAAGCUGGCCGAUGGUUACAACUCGACCAUGUUCUUGAUGCGCUGGUACUGCAGACACAAGCGAUCAUGGAUGCCUCUCCCCUACAGUACUACCUGGAACUUGACGCUCAAGGCUGGUAUGGAGAACAUGACAAACAUGCAAAAGGGUCUCAAACUUCACAGUGCUUUCCUCCACUGGAGAUCGACUGGAAAGGAUAUCUGGUCCGGUCUGCUCUACUUUGUUGUUGCACUUUUGGACAAGUGGGCAGCUCUUGUGACUGGAGGCAAUUUGGUUGGUCUGUCGGCUGCCAGCAGCGAAGUCUUCCGCCUGGGAGUUGGCUUUGGUCUCUGCUACUACCUCUUUGGCGCUGUCGCCCUCGAUACCGUGUCGCAGCCUCUCUGGACUGCCGCCAACGAGAAGAUCAACAAGCCUAUUACCUCUCUCGAGUCGCUCAAGCAGGCCAACUUGGACGACAUCCUUGCCAGACGCAGACUUUACUGGCGUUCGCUUUGCAAGUUCUUCUUCCUUCACCUGUGGGGCGCUUCCCUCUUUGCCUGUCUCAUGUGGGUCUUUCAGUCUUCCAAGGACGAUGCCAUCAUGUUUAUGGCUUAUAUCGGAGCAUACUCCGGUUUGCUGUGGUAUCAGUACAACAAGAUCUUCUGCGGCAUGGAUGGUGCCAAGCCCCUUGCCUUUGCUUCCAUCAUUGGUCUGCCCAUUGGUAUCGCUCUCCACCUUAAGCUGCCAGAGUGGGCAUACAGCGGUGUCGCUUCUCUCGCUGUCGCUACCUGGGCCGCCUGCAUCUACUCUCUCUGGAUCUCCAACAUUGGAAUGCCUACCUUUAUUGACUGGAAGACCAAGUACAGGUCGCUCAAGACUGAUGACACUUCCUCUCUGGUAAUCACCUACUCUGCAAGCAGCCUCGAGCCCCAGCCCGAUCUGUCUCAGACGACACUGAAGCAACUCUUCCAGUCCUUCACCUCUCUGGACCCUGAAGACCGAUACACCCUGGAUCCUGCCAAGCACCCUGGCAAGCGUAUUCUCGAGUUGCUCAGUCUUCAGGAGAGAUCAAGAACCCCUCCAGUCCUCAAGGCCUCCUUCCAAUCUGCUCAGAGAUACCUCGCAUGCGUUGCUCAGAGCUGGCUGGCUGGAGAUGUGGUCAUUGAGCUUGUCUCGUCCCGCCACAUGGCAGCUGGAGACCCCAAGGUGCGAUCAAUCAGCCGCAAGGCCGGAGAUGUCAUUCACAUCAUUGUCAUCCUUGGUCCUGACCGAGUCAACGAUGAAUGGACCCUGAAUGUGCAGCGCCACUGGAGAGUCAUUGCCGAGGCAGUGGUCAACUCUUUCUCGGAGCUCCAACUUGGCAUGACGCGUGGCGAGGCAACUCUUACUGAGCUCCUGGUGACCGAUCACUCUAGCAGCCAUGAACUCUCGAUUCCAGAGGGUGUCAAGCGCCAGCUUGAGGUGUGCCCCUUGGAACGCGCUCGUGUCCUGGCUGCCGGUGAGACCACCCUUCUCCGCUACGUCCUGUUGGGCAUUGAUUGCGAACGGGAGUGGGAGACACUUCCCGAGUCUGUCCGAAGCUUCUUGCUGAAGCGCUGCUGCGGCAGCGUUGGUACUUUCACCAAUGAAGUCGAGAACUGGAUUGCUACCAAGAUCAACUCUCAGGACCCUCGGGACAUUGACUCUCACAUUGCUAGAUGCGAUCUCGGUGCUGCUCUCACCAAGAGCGUUUUGGCAUAUGCCAAGGCUGUCGAGAGCCGAGGAUUUGACAGGGAAGAGUCCGAGUACAUUACUCCCAGUGAUGCCAAGAAGCUGUUUGGAGCGCCUGUUGUGCCCGAGAAGAAGUCUGUCUUUGCCUACCCCAAGAAGGUCGUUUCCACCUUCUUCCGCGGCCUCAACCUCUGCAUCAAGUUCUUGAUCAUUUCCCUCACCGCCGAUAUCGAGUACCAAAGAGAAUUGGACUUUGUUCUCCGCGAUGCCCACCCUGUUGUGCGCUGGCCCAUUAUGGUUUUCCUCAACACCAUCUGGUCUUACUGCCGAAUCCUUCAGACCAUUAUUGUGCCACCUGUCCUCUUCCACCGCCACGAGCAUGUUUCCAAGCUUGAGCAGCUGAUGCGAGGCAUGACAACUGUUCUCGAGAAGAACCGUAUCGUCACUGAGACUUUCUCUGGUCCGUCAAGUUGGUUCUGGAGCACUCAAGCUGAUGGCACGCUCCGUGUCGCACAGUACGCUGGCAAGCACGAUUCUGAACCAACCGAGUCGAAGAAUCUCAAGGCUGUCAACACGUACAACAACAAGCUUGUGCUGCAGGAAAGAGAAAUUUACAAGAAGGGUCAAGUCGCAAACGUCUACCGAUACGACUACGACACUCCUUCCUCCAAGCUUCCUCUCCAACGUGAAUGCAUCCGAGGAGACUUGGACGGUGAAAUUGUUCAGUACGAUCACCGUGGCUACAUUGCAAGUGGUUCUGCCAUGAGAGGCGAGAAUCGUGUUAACUGGAAGUUCUGGUACCGCAAGAAUGCCAAGCACGAGGAUGAGCUCCUCUGGGCCGAGUAUACAUUUCCCCACAUCACCAUCAAGGUCCUCUGGAGUAUGCCUCCUCGCAACCCCCAGAAGAAGUUGGACCAGUGGAUUCCCUUCUCUGUCGUGACCGAGGCAACCUUUAUCCAAGGCGAGGAUACAUACCACGCGUCCUGGGAUUUUGAGCACAAGUUCCAUCCCGAGGUCUCCGUCACUCUCAAUGGUAAGCCCAUUGACACUCCUGCCAUGAUUGAGGAGGAUUGGUUCCACGUCCUCAAGAAGCCCGAGAACUGCAGCUUCCUGAGUGAGAACCCCCUGAUCUCCUUCUCCUCGAUCAAGACCAACCCCGUCUCGCGAAUGCUCGGUCUCAAUGUCAAGCGCUACCCUAUCCCUACUGCUGUUGCCCGUACCCAACUCUGGAAGGCCUGGAAGGAUGGUCGCGAGGUUGAUGCUAUCAGUGCCCGUUGGCUCGACGAGAAGCUCCUGCGUGCUGAUCGCAUCAUGCGCCCCUACUGGAGACGUCGUGACUUUGGACGUCUCGAGGCUGCCAAGACCUACAUUGAUGAGCAGGCCGAUACCAUCAUGGCCAGAGUCGACGUCGACCCUCAGAUCAGUUCCUGGGUUCACAUUGCCUUCAAGAUGAGCGAUUUGUACUCCUUUGGUCAAGGUGGAGAGUCCCGCAUCAACACCCGGCACUUGUCUUCUCAGCUCAUUGACGGCGAAUAUGAUCUUCACGUUCUCUGCAUGGAUACCUCUACCUGGCCCAACGACCCUGGUGGUGUUUCCGCGUGCCGCAGAGAUAUGGUCAACGAUCUCAAGACCAUCAAGUGGCACGUCCUGGCUGAAUCCGCUCACGAUUAUGGUGUACCUCGAUUCCAGAUUGAACGCAACGUCCAGUCUCUGACCAUCUUGCCCCUGUGGGGUUUGGACUUUCUCAACCCCAUUCACGGUGUUUUGGAAAGCAGUCUUGACACGGCUGUCGUGCAGCGUUCAUUCGACACGCACACGGACGACAUCAUUAGAAACUUCCUGCCGAUCCUCUCUAGCUUGGUCAAAUGUUCCCGCACAAUCAACCUUACUCGCGAGCACGUCGAGGAGGCUACUACCGCUCUCCUCAACCUCAACACCUACUUUGAGACCUCGCGCAACUGGAACGAUGUCUGGAGUCACCCCGUUGUCAAGGAAAAGUGGCGCGAGCUGUGGUUGAGCGAGGAUGUCACCGAUGCUCUCAACAUUUCCAGCUGGUGGGAGUUUGAGAUGCCUACUAUCAAGCAGCUCGACGAUGCUCUGAACCUGUGGUGCCGUUACCUCUUCAUCAUUUCCCUGCCUGUCCCUGAGCACAUUCCCGACGUUUUCCAAGCCUCUCACCACUUUACGGGUGCUACCUACGGUAUCGUGUGCAAGCAAAAGAGAAACGUUUCUCUGCACAUUUGGGAUCACUGUAUCAGCUUCAGAGAGUUCACCACCUUUAUGAGUUCCGCCGUGUCUUUCGAUGCUCCCUUUGUCAACAGCUCCCUCAUCCAGCUUACCCAUCUCAGCUGUGUUCUUCUCGAGCACCACGCCGAUGUCGUUCUCCCUUGCUGUGACUACUUCAACCCCGGCUGGGAGGAGGAACUCGGUACCGCCGAGGGUGCCAUUGAGCAUCGCCGCACCUUUAAGCGCAAGAUUGACCCUGUCGUCAACGGUAUCUGCAACAUGGAAAAGUUCGAACCCACCAAGGAGAUCAAGACUGACCAGCCUACUGUGGUCAUGUUGUCGCACGUCCAGUACGCCAAGGAUAUCAAGAACGCCAUCAUGGCCACGGAUCUCAUUGUGAACAAGUGGGGCUUCAGAGACUACCGACUACACAUUUACGGUGACCAGGAACGUGCUGCCACCAUUGCUACAGAAUGUCAGGAGCUCAUCGCCGCCAAGAACUUGCAGGACCACGUCAUCCUCAAGGGUCUUGGUAGCCCGUCCGUCGUCCUUCAGGAUGCCUGGCUGUUCCUGAACUCUUCCAUCUCCGAGGGUCUUCCGCUUGCCAUGGGUGAAGCUGCCUUGACUGGUGUGCCCGUCGUCUGUACCGAUGUCGGUGCAUCAUACUGUGUCGUCACUGAUCGUGCCACUGGCAACCGUUUCAGUGAGGUCGUACCACCCAACGACUCCGAGUCCUUGGCUCGUGCUCAGGUCAACAUUCUGGCGCUGCUCGGUCGCUGGGCCGAGCACGCCGACGAUGCCCCAGGUGAUGAGGUGCCCGUCCUCGAGUACCCCGUGCCCUCGCCCGAAUCCGUCAAGAAGGUCUCGGAGCGCAUGUACGCCAAGCGCGAGUCGCGUCGUGCCCUCGGUAUGCUGGGUCGCCAGAACGUGUUCAACAACUUCUCCUCGGACCGUUACCUCCGCGAGCACGAACAGAUGCUUUGGAUCGGCAAGCUGCGCAGCCCGGCUCACCGCGCCCGCACCAACCCCGGUGGCGCUGCCACACCUUCCAUUCGCUCGGCUGACCUCUGGUUCACCAAGGAGGCCAAGUCUCCUUACGCCAGCUGGUCUAGACCUGUAUCUCGUAUUACCCCCGAAUCCUGGAUCUCCCUCACAUCGGAAGAUACCAGACGUGGUGGUUGGCUAUCUGCCUCUUCCAGUACAUACAAUCUCAGUAUGAAAGAACUGUUUACUAAAGAAAAGCCUGGAAAGUCGAAUUUGUCAGUGGUCGAAUUGGGCGACACACUAUAA